AUGACUCAUGAUGAAAUCAAGAAUGCCGCUCUUGCUGAAAUUGAAAAAAUAUUGCGCCGAUGUGGUAGAAGUCUACGAGAUUGUGAAGGCAUGCCCUUUCCUGAUGAUGAAGCCAUUGACCCUGGUCAAAAUAGACUUAUACUUGAUGAGUUGGGCUACGAUCGAGCCGCUCUUACCUUAGAGCAUAACAAUCUUCUUUCCAGCAUGACUGAUGAACAAAGAGAUGUAUAUUCGAAGAUUGUAAAAUCCGUGGAGUCUGGUAAAGGUGGUAUGUUCUUUGUCUAUGGGUAUGGAGGCACGGGCAAGACUUAUGUUUGGAGAACACUCUCAGCAAAGUUUAGAUCUCAGGGUGAUAUUGUGCUUAAUGUGGCAUCGAGUGGUAUUGCAUCACUUUUGUUGCCCGGUGGACGAACUGCCCACUCACGCUUUGCUAUUCCAUUAAAUCCACAUGAGGGCUCGACUUGCUCUAUUGACCAAGACAGUCCGCUUGUCGAGUUGAUUAUAAGAUGCAGGCUAAUCAUUUGGGAUGAAGCACCAAUGAUGAACAAGUAUUGUUUUGAAGCUGUCAACAAAACUUUGAAGUCUGUCAUGCAGUAUGUGCAUCCAUCUAAUGCAUUCAAGUCAUUUGGAGGUAAAACUGUUGUCUUUGGUGGGGAUUUUCGCCAAAUAUUGCCUGUGGUUCCUAAAGGCAGUCGUCAAGAUAUUGUUAAUGCAACCAUAAAUGCAUCAGAAUUCGGCAAGUGA